AUGAAGAAGCAUAGCGAAUCACACACAAAGUCGAAUGAGCAUCUUCACCCUGCCUCUAAUAAGGCCCUGCAGACAACGUCCUCGCCCGGCAACACCAAAGAGACCGGGUGCCAAGUGAGGCGCCAGACGUCGGUGCAGUGGAAUAGUGACGCACCGGCGGUGUUUGGGGUGAAAAGCUCUGCAGCGAGUGGGCACGGAAUGGACGCUCCGCGCUCUGCUGGGAGACCACGAGCAGCAGGCGACUUCCGACAGAAUGUGAUGGAGUUUCUGCACGACAUGUACGGCAAGGCUCCACUCGACGAUCCGUCAGCGAAGGCUCCGUCUAAAACCCCCACCCGCCGACCACAAGAAGGAAUGCCACCGCUACCGGUCUCUUCGAAGCACUUGUUGAAGCCGUCACCGCGGCGGCCCGAUCCGCCGCUGGAUCGGCGGGCACUGACCCACCACGGCCUGCCUGGCUGUCGGUCGCCGAUUCUGAAGAGCGUCCCCGCGAGCAGCAGCGUCUCAGAGGACCACCUUGACACACUUCUGGACCACAUCAUCGAUGGAUAUAAACGUAGGAGCGCGCGAGCAAAGAAGCCGGUGCCGUCGACGGCUAUCAACAAUAACAAUGACGGUGAUGUUGUCUCGAUGUUUGUGAGCCACGCACUUGACAAUUUUUUGGUGAAGGAGGCUUCCUUCUCCGCCUGCAAUCCGAAGUCGACGGAGUCCUUUCUCUCGGCAGGCGCGGACGGCUUCUUCCCAAAGCUUCUCUCGUUCCAGGCGCAGAGUCAAAUGAGGAUCGAUGAUGACGAAAGCGAAACACUAGUAAAACCUGUCUUUGAUGUGAAGAUGGCAACAUUUAAGCCCGCUGAGUCACGUGCUGGGGUGAGUGUGAGCAAAUCUCUGCCGCUAGGACCAAUGACGCCUGAGUAUUUCGAAAAGAUGGGCACGGUGGCCUACAAAGACACUCCAAUCUCCCGCAACAAAGCCCCACAGAUUGCUUUUAAUAAUGCACCAAGACCGAUGGGAAACAACUCAAGCUUCUCGCGUAAUAUGUCACUUGACUCAGGUGGACUCAACUCGAAACUGGGCGACAGCUGGGGCAACGAUGUGGAGCAAAACACGACGGGAAAUUCGGUUGUCGACAAGAAGCAGGGUAACGUGAGCAAUGUGGCAAAUUCCAAACUGCCGUUGGUAUCAUCAACGCGCUCGCUGCUGCACCACGCUAAAACAGUAAAGGCGGGCAACUCGAGCAGCAAUAAGGAUGAAGAGAUUGAGUGCCUGAUGCACGACGAGGAUUUAAAGCGUAACGUGCUGAUGGCGGUAGAGUCUCGCUUUAGAACUUACCUCUGGACGCUUGAGAAAGAUGAGGCAGCAGAGCGUGUGGCUUCUGUUAAGGUAUGUGCAAAGGAUAAAGGUGACCCUCAUAGCCGGCAGAAUGCACGGGAGCCAAAUGCGGUAUCGCAUCAACCCAUGGUGCAAAACCUUCUCGACUUCUUUAAGAACUAA